UACAAGCGCGUUUGCCAGGGAAGGGAUGUGUCUCCUGCUGGGGGCUUCUGGAGUCGGGAAGACCCUGCUGGUGAAACGCCUUCAGAAGCUGAGCUCCGGAGAUGGCAAAGGCGACCUGGGAGAGCCCCCACCGACGCGGCCCACGGUGGGCACCAACCUUACAGACAUUGUGGCCCACAGGAAGAUCACCAUCCGAGAGCUCGGGGGAUGCAUGAGCCCCAUCUGGUCUAGUUACUAUGGAAACUGCCAAUCGCUCUUGUUCAUGAUGGAUGCCUCUAACCCCACCCAGCUCUCUGCAUCCUGCAUGCAGCUCUUGGGUCUCCUUUCUGCCGAAGAACUUGCAAAAGCCUCAGUCCUCAUACUCUUCAAUAAAAUUGACCUACCCUGUUACAUGACCAUGGAGGAAAUGAAGUCAUUGAUGAGGCUUCCAGACAUCAUUGCUUGUGCCAAGCAGAACAUCACCACGGUAGAAAUAAGUGCCAGGAAUGGCACUGGCUUGGCAGCAGUGUUGCUAUGGCUCCAGAAUCAACACAGGCACAGCAGCUGACAGAAGGAUGGCUGAUCCACCCAGUGCCUAGGAGGGAUGUAUGAGUUCCCACAAGUGGACAAGAGAAGGCACACAGGAGGUGUUAACAUUCUACAGGGAUGGCUUGUCGCGUGCA